UAAAAAUGUUUUCAUGCCACAGUGAGCCGAAUUGGGUUUGCUCGGACCUGAAUUAACCUGAUUUAACAGUUUGGAGUGACACAUAAAUAAUAAUUAAUAUUUUUUGUUGAUAGUAUCAGCAUAAAUUUAAUAUUUCUUCAUUUAAAUUAUUUUCUCAUGUCUUAAUAUAUAUGCUGGAAAUAUAUAUGAGUAAUAAGUUAAUUAGUAGGGCUGAUUGAUUACACCGGGAGAGUAAUUUAUUGAAUACUAAAAAUUGAUAACAAUUAUUGGUAGACAUUAUCAAUAGUAAAAUUAAAAAAUCAAAAUGGUUAAUUCUCGAAAGCGUGAAGAAAAAAUGUGGUCGGAUGUUGUUUCUCGUUUAUUAUUAAACACCGUUUCACAUCCUAUUGAAUAUGCCAAAGUACUGAUACAAAUAGGACAUGAACCAAUAUUACCUCGGGAAACUAGAACGUUGAUUCUCCGAAAGCCAGCUUUAUCACUGCCAAAUAUUUUUCAGUAUGUGAGAUACAUAAAAGCAUGUGAUGGCUUCACUGGUUGCUAUCGCGGGCUGGUUCCAAAAAUAUGUGCCUACACUAUCAAUGGUGUUGUUAUGGACAAAAUCAGUGAUUCUUAUUUAUUUACUGAAGUAUUUCCACAAAUUCAGGAUGAUGAUGAACAUAUUGAAGAAUUACCUGAUGAAAAAAGAAAAGCAGCGUAUAUUCGUGAAUUUUUAAAAGAUGCCAUUUGUAAAGUUGCUGGAAUUGUUGCUUGUCAUCCCUUGGAUGUCAUUGCUAUCAGGAUGAUGGCACAAUUUGUUGGUGGCGAAGAUAAAUACAAGAGCGUAUUCUCAUCAAUAAUUGAAGUGUACAGAGAAAAUGGCCUGAUGGGUUACUACUCAGGCCUAGUACCCCGACUGAUCGCAAACGUAUCAACAAUCGCCCUGGUCAGUUACUCGACGUACCUAAUAAACAAAUACCUGGUCCACGAUCGGGAAUCAAUGUCAUACGUCUCCGCACUGAUGACCCUCCUCUCCACGACAGUUACCUACCCAUUUUUAGUGGUGUACAACUGCAUGGCUAUCACUAAUUCCGGACUAGCUGCAGGUGAGCCACCACACAUGCCUAUCUACUCAUCCUGGGUGGAUUGCUGGAAGCAUUUAUCAAUGACCAACCAAUUGAAACGCGGAAGCAGUUUGUUGUGGCGUUAUUACACCGGUCCAACUGCUGUCAUCAAUGGAAAAUUAGUAAUGCUCAACAAAACGCACUACUACACAUUGGAUUAAAAAAAAAAAUCACUCAAUUAA